AUGCUCUCACGUGUUGCUGCAGUGGAGACACCCCGCAAAAACAACCGUCGCCGCGUGGCCGGAUCCAGCGGAAGGAGGAGGGAAGGAAGAGAGAGAGAGAGGCAGAGGCCCAACAUGUCCCGGCGUGUGUUUACUUCCGCGGUGCUGCUUCUACUUGUUUUGAUGAUGUGCUGCGGCAGUGGAACUGCGACCGCUGAGCAGGCAGGGGCCGCUGUUGAUCCUUUUACAGGGACGUCGCCGAUAUCAUUUGCUAAUUGGAGGGAGUUUAAAGAGUCUGGCGGCAAAAUCACCUCGCUCCGUGUUCCUGGCCUUGUUAAAGUGGGUAAUGAUGUAUUUGCCGUGGCUGAAGCGCUGUGCGGGGAGAAGGAUGGAGCCGGCUGCUGUGCUGGGAUUGUGUCAAAGCACCUGAAUAUAAGUGGUGACUCAAUGGAUAUUUUGACGUCGGAUAUAAGUUUGUUUUGCAUGCAACUUGGGGACACCACCGCGAAUAAUUUUGGGACAACAGAAGUGUUGCGGCCAACGACACUUGUACUUGGGGACAGUGUUUACGUGCUCCUGGGAAACCAAAACCAUAAGAAGCUGCAGGUUGAAGGUACGAAUGAGCGGGGCCUUUUACUCGUGAAGGGAACUGUCUCUGAUGAGAGUGGGACGAAGAAAAUCAAAUGGAAUGAGACCCAUGUGGUGAACCCUCAACACAGAGGAAAAUCUGGUUCCUUGACCGAGUUAAUUGGCGGUGGAGGAUCGGGCGCUGUGAUGCGCGACGGCACGAUUGUGUUUCCCAUGCAGGCCAAAAACAAUGAUGGAACGAGUGUUUCACUAUCCAUGAGUUUUGACCCGUCAGACAAAAAAUGGGAGCUUUCAUCCACGAGGCCUGGUGAGGGCUGCAGGGAUCCAACCCUUGUGAAGUGGGAAAAAUACGAAGACGACGAAAGACUCUUCAUGAUGGCUCAUUGUGCUGGAGGCUACUAUGACGUUUACAGGUCCACUGAGGAUGGAGUCAGUUGGUAUACGCCGGGUGAGCCAAUUACCCGCGUGUGGGGCAACUCACACAAUCGAAAGGGGCACGGCGUCCAGAGUGGAUCCACCACCGCAAUUAUUGAGGGAAAGGAGGUGAUGCUCAUCACCGCGCCGGUGUAUUCCAAGGAGAACGACAAAGAAAAUAAACAAAAGGGUCGGCUCCAUCUUUGGGUGACGGACAAGGCACGUGUGUAUGAUGUUGGGCCGGUAUCCCGUGAAGAAGAUGACGCCGCCGCGAGCUCGCUGUUGAUAAAGGAUAAAAAUAAGGAGUUGAUUUCACUGUACGAGAACAAGAGGAGCGACGGAGCAUACAAUCUUGUUGCUGUGCGCCUGACCGAGAAACUGGAGCGGAUAAAGGAAGUGGUGAAGACAUGGGAAGAUUUGGACGGCGCCUUGCAAUCCUGCAGUUCCGUUUCCAGCGCCACUGUCGACCCGAGAAAAAAAGGUAUGUGCAAUAGUCCUGUUCCCACUGAGAGGCUUGUUGGCUUCUUGUCUGGUAACUUCUCUGAGAACACAUGGAGGGACGAGUACCUCGGCGUGAAUGCAACAGUGACGAAUGGGGAGAAAAGGAGAGAAGUUCCCAAUGGAUUGACGUUCAAAGGGUCUGGAGCAGGGGCGGUGUGGCCUGUUGGCGAUAUGGGGCAGACUGUGCCGUACUACUUUGCGAACAACAAGUUCACUCUUGUGGCGACGGUGUCCAUCCAUGAGGUGCCGCAAGAUGGCAGCCCCGUUCCUUUGAUUGGCGUGAGGAUGAAUGACACCAGCAGCACGGUCCUCUUUGGUCUGUCGUACACCCAUGAAAAGAAGUGGCUGGCCAUACCUGAGAAUUCUGGUGAUCCGGAGGAUGUUUAUGUGUGGGAGCCAAACGAGACGUAUCAGGUGGUACUGCGAAUGGAUGAUGAUGAUGAAUGGACUGUCUUUGUAAAUCGAUACGAAAUCCGCCAAAAGAGAUAUGAUGAGAGUCUGUUUAACUCGCACAGGAUCUCACACUUCUACAUCGGUGGGGACAGUAAGAACCAAAGUGCAACGGGCGGCCACGUGACGGUGACCAACGUCAUGCUUUACAACGAGAAACUCUUAAGUGAUAAUCUGUAUGAUCUCCACGCCAGCAAAGUCACUAUUCCAUCACUGAGUGUCGAGGAACAGCCCACAGAACUGGUGGCCAACACGGGCACUUUGGUUGCUUCCGAGUCAAAGAGUGUGGAAAGCACCACCAGCCAUGAGAAAUUGAAUGAGAAUGAUCCUGAUGAACAAGGAGAAAACAGCGCCGAUGAUCCGCUGCCUGCAGCUUCCUCUUCCACGGUUGUCGCGGGAUCAUCUGUUUCCGAACCCGCCAUAGCAGCGGAGAUCGCAGAGAAUUCUCUUCCAGAGAAUAAUGCCCAGCUUUCCGAAGGCGAAGAGUCUCAGCAAUCUACGCUGCAUGAAGUGAAGGAAUCGAUGCAACAGGAUUCAGAUGUGCAGACAAAAGACCUACAGUCAGAGGAGUCAACAGAGGUCACUGAUGUUGAAAAACCCUCUGAAAGUAAUGAAGAAGAAAUGCCAGAGGAGGAGGGAGAAGCGGAUGACGGGAGUGGCGGAUUAACGUCUCCAGUGACUGCGUCAUUGAAUAUGGAAACGGUCACUGGACCAGCUUACGGUGAGCACCAAGUGCAACAAAGCAUUGAGCUUCCCGCUGAAAACGACGAAGUGCGGUCCACUGGAACCGGAACCACCGACGCGAAGCAAAGCCUCAGCCUCGAGGCGGGGGGCAGCAAUUCCGAGAGAGCAAUGAACUCAGACAGCAGCUCCACUCCUUCGAAGAGUAACGCCGAACCUACAUCCGCGGAGAACACCGACGACGUCUCUCGGACUGAAGGAGCCGAAGUUUCUUCUGAAGACGGCGGGGAGAUGCCACAGACGGUCGACACCGCACCGGCUAAUACAAGCACAACGCCUGGAGACGAAGCGAUCCCCUCAACAAAAGGCGCGGCACGACACUCGGACAACGACAUCUUCAACACCAGCGAAUUUGCGGAUUUGCUGUCAACGGCUCUUAACCAUGACAGCACCGUGCAUGGCUGUGUGUCUCGGGUGUUGUUGCUGCUGCUUCUGGGGCUGUGGGGCUCCGCGGCUCUCUGCUGA